AUGGCUGAGGCUGCGGAAGUUUUGGAACCCGACGAGGAAGAAGAUCAUCACCCUGUCAAUCUUGUCAAUGGUACUGGCUCAAAGGAUUGCAGUGAUUCGUCGGAUGGGCUCGACGCUGAAGUGUUCAUGGACCGAACGGAGUUCGAAGCCUUGGAGAACUUUCAUUCCAUGGUGCUUCAUUCUUCUGCAGAAGAUGACGAUGACCCGAGCAGGUCAUCUGAUGUCAAGCUGGAGCUUGAGCUGGCGGAGACUGAAUUGGCCGAAGCGAGAGAGGAAGUUACCAAAGCAAGAACGCGGAUAACAGAACUGGAAGAGCUGUUGAGAAUUCAGGAAUCAAUAACCCGAGAUGAGGAAAGUAAGCGUCAGUCUGCUACAAUAGCUGAAAAACGGGCAGAAGAAAUCAGUGCUCAGCUUUCCGAACGCUUAACCAUGAAGGAUGCAGAGUUGUAUUCCUUUCGAAAAGAUACGGACGAAAGAAUCACUAAGCUAAAUCAACAAGUUUCGUCGGCUGUGAAAGACAAGGAAGCUAUGGUGAUGAGAUACGCGCAGAGCGAGAAAGAAGUGAUAAUUGUGAAGCGGGACAAAGAAAACCUGGAGCGAAAGCUCAACGAUAUGAACAAAGAAAAGGAGAACUUGCUUGCCAAGUUGAAAAAUAUGUCGAACGACAAGGCGAAACUCGCCCAGAGUCUCGACACAAAAACCUCAGAAGUGUUCCAAAUGGUGAAAGAAGCCGAGCGGUUGAAAGAGGAGAUCGUGAGCCGAGAUGUGAAGAUCAAGUGGGGGCAGAACAAGCUGAAAUCUGAAAUGGACGCGCAUCAGGAAACAAAGUUGCAGCUAGAAAAAAGCUACCGCCAACUGCAGGACCUUCGGGACGAAGCGAACCAGGUUCGUGUGGAUUGCCAGAACCUGUUGAAAUCAUACCACGACGAAGGCUCAGCCAAACCCGCUUCCCAAGAUGAAGAUAUCAAACAAAUCCAAGAGCUUCACGACCUUAAGGGCAAACACGCCAGUGCAAUAGACGAGAAUCUUUCCCUGUCCCAGAAAAUACAAAAGCUAGAAACGGAGCGUCUCGACCACGAACAAAGCGUUGCGCAGCUCAAAGAUUCCAUCAACCAACUGCGAAAAGAAGCUGUGCAGUCCCGCAAAAACGCCCAAGAGCUCGAACACGUUCGCAAUGAGUUAAUUCGGGAACAAAAUCACCGAAUAUCGGCGGAAACGGAAGUGCUGGAGCUCAAGGCGGCGAAUGACGAGGUCAUUCACGACAUGUCGCUGUGUCGACAAAAGGAAGCUGAAUUGUUGGAAUUCAGUGCUACGCUUACUGAGAAGAACGUCGUUCUGCAAUCGAAUCUCCGGUGCGUGGAGGCCAAGCUAGAGUUCAAUGAAACUGAAAUCACUAACCUUCGGCGGCGGUUGACCGAACAUUAUGUGCUGAAGGACGGGGACAACCACCAGGCCAUUGUGCCUGAGAACAGUGAUCGUCAUAAGGCGCAGAUGGCGCGUUAUGGAGGAAUCAUGGCCUCUGUCUACAGUUCCAGAGCUUCUGAUGGCAGUAUGACAUUGGAAUUAUCCCUGGAGAUAAACCGGAAGCUUCAGGCAAUUCUGGAAGAUACCCUUUUGAAGAAUAUUACUUUGAAGGAAAACCUGAACACGCUGGGGGAUGAAAUCGCCCGGUUAACUCAGCAACACCAGAAAAAGCAGAAGUUUUUGGAAACGCGGAUAAAAGACCUCGAGAACGGGUGCAAAAAUUCAGCAGACUGAACUGACUCAUGAGCGAAAUCAUUCAUUCCUGAAAUUCCAGCAGCUACAACAGAGGAGAACAACCCAUCAAUUGAUCGGCGGGGUCAACCAAUAUUGCCACUUCCAGUUGAAUGUCAUCCGGCAGCUGAUUUCUCGUUUUUCCGUGUUUCUACCUCUUUUUUUUUCAUUGAAAGUGAGGAUUUUUGAGCCCGGUUUGAUUUUUUUUGGCCGCUCUUGUUCAAUGGACAAAUUGCUGCGAUUUUGGGUUACUUCGAGAUUAUUUCUUUUUUUUUGUUGACGGAAGCCAGUGAGUUUUUGCCUUUUUUCGUGACGCGUUAUCGGAAUUCGAUGUGGUGAUUUGGAUUAUUUGAAGAAUGGAUGGGAGGUGAUUUUUUG